AUGGCUCUCGCUGGUCCCUGGCCACCCUCACCCCGAGAACCACUACCAGAGCUGAUGAGCAGCCGUCAGGUGCCUACAGUGGCCAGAGAUAAGGAGCAGGGUUCCAAGCUCAAGCUGGAAGACCGCUCAGUGGUGCCUCGCGAUGUGGUCCGGCACAUGCGCUCCACCGACAGCCAGUGCGGGACCGUGAUCGAUGUGAACAUCGACUGUGCCGUCAAGCUCAUUGGCACCAACUGCAUCAUCUACCCAGUCAACAGCAAGGACCUGCAGCACAUCUGGCCCUUCAUGUAUGGGGACUACAUUGCCUAUGACUGCUGGCUGGGGAAGGUCUACGACCUGAAGAACCAGAUCAUCCUGAAACUGUCCAACGGUGCCAGGUGCUCCAUGAACACGGAAGACGGUGCCAAGCUCUACGAUGUCUGUCCCCACGUCAGCGACUCGGGCCUCUUUUUUGACGACUCCUAUGGCUUCUACCCGGGCCAGGUGCUCAUUGGCCCCGCCAAGAUCUUCUCCAGUGUCCAGUGGCUGUCAGGCGUCAAGCCCGUCCUCAGCACCAAGAGCAAGUUCCGUGUGGUGGUGGAGGAGGUGCAGGUCGUGGAGCUCAAAGUCACGUGGAUUACCAAGAGCUUCUGUCCAGGGGGCACAGACAGCGUCAGUCCCCCGCCCUCUGUCGUCACCCAGGAGAAUCUAGGCAGGGUGAAGCGUCUCGGAUGCUUUGACCAUGCUCAGCGGCAGCUGGGGGAGCGCUGUCUCUAUGUCUUCCCGGCCAAGGUAGAGCCAGCCAAGAUUGCCUGUGACUGUCCAGAAAAAAACUGCGCCCAGGGGGAGGGCUCUAUGGCCAAGAAGGUGAAGAAACUGCUCAAGAAGCAGGUGGUUCGGAUCAUGUCCUGUGCACCCGACACCCCGUGUUCCCGGGACCACUCUGCGGAGGACACAGAGAAGAAGGGGGAGGCCAAGGUCAAGAGCGAGCCGGGCUCCGCCAGCCCCGACGAGACCCCCGACGGCUCGGCCAGCCCAGCAGAGGCGCCGGACGAGGGUCCUGAGGAGGCCCCCGAGAACGGCGAGCAGCUGCUGCCCCCCUUCCUGCUGAAGGAGGGUGGAGAGGACCGGCUGCACUCGGCCGAGCAGGACGCGGACGACGAGGCGGCCGACGACACCGACGACACCAGCUCGGUGACCUCGUCGGCCAGCUCCACCACGUCCUCACAGAGCGGCAGCGGCACGAGCCGCAGGAAGAGCGUCCCUCUGUCCAUCAAGAACCUGAAGCGGAAGCACAAGAGGAAGAAGAACAAGGUCACCCGUGACUUCAAGCCGGGGGACAGGGUGGCCGUCGAGGUGGUGACCACGAUGACCUCAGCGGACGUAAUGUGGCAGGACGGCUCCGUGGAGUGCAACAUCCGCUCCAACGACCUCUUCCCGGUGCACCACCUGGACAACAACGAGUUCUGCCCAGGGGACUUCGUGGUGGACAAGCGAGUCCAGAGCUGCCCGGACCCCGCGGUGUAUGGCGUGGUGCAGUCUGGGGACCACAUUGGCCGCACCUGCAUGGUGAAGUGGUUCAAGCUGCGGCCGAGUGGGGACGACGUGGAGUUGAUUGGAGAAGAGGAGGAUGUGAGCGUGUACGACAUUGCUGACCACCCCGACUUCCGGUUCCGCACAACGGACAUUGUUAUCCGCAUCGGGAACACUGAGGAUGGGGCCCCUCCCAAGGAGGAUGAGCCGUCAGUGGGCCAGGUGGCCCGUGUGGAUGUCAGCAGCAAGGUGGAGGUGGUGUGGGCUGACAACUCGAAGACCAUCAUCCUGCCCCAGCACCUGUAUAACAUCGAGUCCGAGAUCGAGGAAUCUGACUACGAUUCGGUGGAAGGCAGCACCAGCGGGGCGUCCUCGGAUGAGUGGGAGGAUGACAGUGACAGCUGGGAGACAGACAACGGGCUGGUGGAGGACGAGCACCCCAAGACCGAGGAGCCCCCCAUCCCUGCAGCCACGCCACCAGCUGCCCCCGAGGAGGACAAGGGUGUGGUCAUCAGUGAAGAGGCCGCCACAGCUGCCAUCCAAGGAGCUGUGGCCAUGGCCGCCCCCAUGGCAGGGCUGAUGGAGAAGGCGGGCAAGGAUGGGCCCCCCAAGAGCUUCCGGGAGCUGAAGGAGGCCAUCAAGAUCCUGGAGAGCCUGAAGAACAUGACGGUGGAGCAGCUGCUGACCGGCUCGCCCACGUCCCCCACCGUGGAGCCCGAGAAGCCGACGCGGGAGAAGAAGUUCCUGGACGACAUCAAGAAGCUGCAGGAAAACCUCAGGAAGACCCUGGACAACGUGGCCAUUGCCGAGGAGGAGAAGAUGGAGACGCUGCCCGAUGCUGAGCGCCCUAAGGAGGACAAGCCCGAGGCCACGUCCCCGGUCAAGGCUGAGUGGCCCAGUGAGACCCCGGUGCUCUGUCAGCAGUGCGGGGGCAAGCCGGGCGUCACCUUCACCAGUGCUAAGGGCGAGGUCUUCUCUGUGCUGGAGUUCGCCCCCUCAAAUCACUCCUUUAAGAAAAUUGAGUUCCAACCUCCCGAGGCCAAGAAGUUCUUCAGCACAGUCCGGAAGGAGAUGGCACUGCUGGCUACCUCACUCCCCGAUGGCAUCAUGGUCAAAACCUUCGAGGACAGAAUGGACCUCUUCUCUGCCCUAAUCAAGGGGCCCACCCGGACUCCCUAUGAGGAUGGCCUCUACCUGUUUGACAUCCAGCUCCCAAACAUCUACCCGGCUGUGCCCCCCCACUUCUGCUACCUCUCCCAGUGCAGUGGCCGCCUGAACCCCAACCUCUAUGACAACGGGAAAGUGUGUGUCAGCCUGUUGGGCACCUGGAUUGGAAAGGGAACAGAGAGGUGGACCAGCAAAUCCAGCCUUCUCCAGGUGCUCAUCUCCAUCCAAGGCCUGAUCCUGGUCAACGAGCCGUACUACAACGAGGCGGGCUUCGACAGCGACCGGGGCCUGCAGGAGGGCUACGAGAACAGCCGCUGCUACAACGAGAUGGCCCUGAUCCGCGUGGUGCAGUCCAUGACCCAACUGGUGCGCAGGCCCCCCGAGGUCUUCGAGCAGGAGAUUCGGCAGCAUUUCAGCGCCGGCGGCUGGCGGCUGGUGAACCGCAUCGAGUCCUGGCUGGAGACCCACGCGCUGCUGGAGAGGGCCCAGGUGCUGCCCAACGGCGUCCCCAAGGACAGCAGCUCGCCGGAGCCCCCCGCGGGCGCUGAGCUGUCAGACUCCGGCCGGGAAGAAGUGGAGGAUGGCGGCCUGGCCGCUGGCGAGGCCUCCCAGGGCUCGGACUCGGAGGGCGGCGCGCAGGGCCCCGCCUCGGCCAGCAGGGACCACACCGGGCAGACCUCAGAGGCCACGCCGGACACGUCGGUGCCGCCCAGCGUCAAACCAAAGAAGCGGAGGAAGAGCUAUCGGAGCUUCCUGCCCGAGAAGAGCGGCUACCCUGACAUCGGCUUCCCGCUCUUCCCCCUCUCCAAGGGCUUCAUCAAGAGCAUCCGGGGCGUCCUCACGCAGUUCCGGGCGGCCCUGCUGGAGGCGGGCAUGCCCGAGAGCCCCGAGGACAAGUAG